CUCUUAUAUUACAUUAUCGUGAACUCUUCCUCCCCAGCUACAUUUUAAGCGUAGAUGACUUUUAAUAACGAAACCGGGACACUUUUAUUUUGAACAACCUCAAAAUAACGACCGGAAGUUUUGUGUAUCGCCGUGCCUCGCUUCACCUCAGUUCACCCGACACUUCCAAAAGAAGAAUGACGGCCGGUGGAAGCAACAGUUGAGAUGGCUCGGCGGAGUUUGUCAGCCAAUAAAAGCGUCUUAAAUGCCGUUUUAAGUGUCAUUUCCGAGCUUUGACAUGAUCGACACGCGUUUCUCACCGUUAUAUCGGAUCAUCUGACAGCGGUUUUGCUGAAGGAAGGAAACGGGAGAGGAAAAGGGACCGACUGCGCACUGCUGGCCCACUAAACACACACACUAGUUCACUUAAAAGGGCACGACUGUUUUGGGACAUACGUAAAGCAACAUUUCAAAACAAAACAAGUAUUAUUAUUAACCAGAGAUGUCUAACACUACGUAAAAGUUUAGUAAGUUUAAUAUUACGGCUUGUUUACGUUUAUUCCAUAAGUUCAAAGUUUAGUUUUGCUAAUCGAUUAAUUGCUAAUCGCUCUAUCAUGGCCACUGAUGUCAUACUAUCGAGCGGAGAGGUUUCCAAUCAGAGCGAUAUGAACGCCAACAGAACUGAUCCCGAAUCAGACACACCCAACCGGACAUCUGAGAGUCCAGAAAACAGAAAUAUAAGCAGCGCCACAUCUUUAUCCACUUCUUCGGUUCGUACCGGGGAAGAUGAGCCGCACGAGGACUCGGGAACGGGGAUUUCGGUGGCGAAUGGAAACCGAGCAGGAGAUCCGCAGCAGGAAACAGAAAACACAGCAGAGACUCCAGACAAUAGACAAAAACAAGGCGUGAGGACAUCAACUCCUGUGAGACUGCCGCACACAUCUGCGGGACAACACAAUGGAAGCUUUGAGCACCAGGAGUCGGUGGCGACCACAGAGGCGCGGCUGAGGAUGGAGGGGGUGGAGCUUAAGGAGGAGUGGCAGGAUGAGGAUUUCCCCAGGCCACUUCCAGAGGAGGAAGAUAUUCAUCUUGAUGAAGAGCUUUAUACUGGUGAAGGAGCGCCUGCUUCCCAGUCUUACGGACUACACAGUGGAAAGAAAACCAAAAGGAAACUCUUGGCUCCGGACAUCAGUCUGAAUCUUGACCACAGCGAAGGCUCGGUGCUGUCGGAUGAGUUGGACGAGAGCACAGAACUGGACCUGGAUGAUAUCGACACUCCUUCCGACAACAGCAACGAGUUUGAGUGGGAAGAUGAUCUUCCAAAGCCCAAAAGUGCAGAUCUGCUGCGUAAGGGUGUGGAGUCUGUGCAGGAGUACAGCACGUCAGAGGAGCGCGAGGAGGGCCGGCGCUGGAGAGUCUUCCGCAUCGGAGAUCAGGAGCACCGGGUGGACAUGAAGGCCAUCGAGCCCUACAAGAAGGUCAUCAGUCAUGGAGGAUACUACGGCGAUGGAUUGAACGCCAUCAUCGUCUUCGCUGUUUGCUUUAUGCCUGAGAGCAAUCAACCGAAUUACAGAUACAUCAUGGAUAAUCUAUUCAAGUAUGUCAUAGGAACUCUAGAGCUGCUCGUAGCGGAGAACUAUAUGAUUGUAUAUCUGAACGGAGCCACCUCGCGCCGAAAGAUGCCCAGUGUCGGCUGGCUCCGGAAGUGCUAUCAGCAAAUAGAUCGAAGGUUAAGGAAGAAUCUGAAGUCUCUGAUAAUCGUUCACCCGUCCUGGUUUAUCCGCACCCUGCUCGCCCUCACAAAACCUUUUAUAAGCUCCAAAUUCAGCCAGAAAAUCAAGUUUGUGUUUAGUCUGACAGACCUGGCCGAACUGGUCCCGAUGGAGUAUGUGUCCAUCCCAGACUGCAUUAAACAGUUUGACGAAGAAAAAAAUAGGAAAAAGCAUAAAAGGAUUGAUCGGGACAUGCAUGGAAAAGUGGAGAUCGCCACUGCUGCGGUGCCGGAGUGAAGUCUGCGAAGCUGGAAGAAUUGAAGAAUGUAUUGGGUUUCUUUUAACUGGAGAACGCAAGAUCUUGAUGUCAAAAAAAAGUGCCUUUAAAAGAGAUGGUCCGGCCCAAAAAUGUAAAUUCUACCAUCAUUUUUUCCAGAAUGUCAUUCCAAAUAUGACUUCUUUUUCUUUUCUGUGGAACUAUAAAAGAAGAUGUUUUGCAGAAUGUCCAAGCUGCUCCUUUCAGCAUCCAAUCGCUUUCACUUAAGGGGAUAGUUCACGCAAAAAUAACAAUGUACUCACUUAUUACUCGGUGAUUACGACCCUUUCUUAAUCUGUUGACAAAGAUCAUUGAAGAAUGUUGAAAACCUGUAACCAUCCACAUCCGUUGGAGGAAAACAAACAUUAUGAAAGGCAGUCAUAGGUGUUCAGCUUUCUUUGAAAUAUCUUCCUUUGUGUUCAAAAGAACUUGAGACACGUAAAGGGCGAUUAGAUGAUGACAGAAUUUUCAUAUUUGGGUGAAUUGUAUCUCUAAAUGUAACCGGGCAGCAUCAGAACACUCAUAAAAACGCCUUUUAAAGGGAAAGUUCAGCCCAUAAAAUGUAAAUCCUCCCAUCAUUCAACUAAAGAUGUUUUGCAGAAUGUUCAAGCUGCUCCUUCAGCACAAAAAAAUGUCAAUUCUGCCUUUAUUUAAUUCAUAAUGUCAUACAAAUAUGAUUUUUUUUCCUGUGGAACUAAAAAAGAUGUUUUGCAGAAUGUCCAAGCUGCUCGUUUCAGCAUUCAAUCACUUAAAGGGAUAGUUCAUAUAAAAAAAAAUUACAAUUUACUCAGUGAUUAUGAACCUUUUUUAAUUUGUUGAACACAAAGGGAGAUAUUUUGAAAAAUGCUGAAAACCUGUAACCAUUGACUUCUAUUAUAGUAAAAAAACUAUUAUGGAAGUCAAUGGUUACAGGUGUUUGGCUUUCUUUAAUAUAACAUCCUUUGUGUUCAAAAGAACUCGUGACUAGUAAAGGGUGAGUAAAUGAUGACAGAGUUUUUCGUUUUUGGAUGAACUGCAUCUUUAAAUUUAACUGAGCAGCAUCAGAACACACAUAAAAAUGCCUUUUAAAGUGAAAGUUCCGCUGAAAAAAUGUCAAUUCUACCAUUAUUUAAUUCAUAAUGUCAUUCCAAAUGUGACUACUAAUGUUUUUUUUCCUGUUGAACUAAAAAAUGAUGUUUUGCAGAAUGUCCAAGCUGCUCGUUUCAGCAUCCACUUACUUUCAGUUAAAGGGAUAGCUCACGCAAAAAGGACAGUUUGCUCACUAUUUACUUUGUGUAUGAGCUUUUCUUAAUCUGUUGAAAACAGAUACUUUGAAGAAUGUUAAAAACCUGUUACUAUAAUGACAUAAAAUGUAGGAAAACAAACAUUAUGGAAGAUAAUUGUUACAGGGGUUCAGCUUUCUUCCAAAUAUCUUCCUUUGUGUUCAAAAGAACUCGAGACACGUAAAAGGUGAGUAAAUGAUGACAGAAUUUUUAUUUUUGGAUGAACUGUGUCUUUAAAUGUAACCGAGCAGCAUCAGGACACUGAUAACAAUGCUUUUUAAAGGGACAGUUCAGCCUAAAAAAUGUCAAUUUUGCUAUGAUUUUUUUUUUCAGAAUUAUAUUCCAAAUUUGACGUUUGUUUUCUUUUUGUGGAACACAAAAGAAGAUGUUUUGCAGAAUGUCCAAGCUGCUUGUUUCAGCAUUCUAUCACUUUUACCUAAAGGGUUAGUUCACCAGAAAAUCACAAUUUACUCACUAAUUACUCCAUGUUUUUUACCCUUUGUUAAUCUGUUGUAAACAGAUGUUUUGAAGAAGGCUGAAAACCGGUAACCAUUCACAUCAGUUGUAGGAAAACAAAUAUUAUUGAAAGUCAAUUGUUACAGGUGUUCAGCUUUUUUAGUUCAGUCCAAUAAAAGUCAAUUUUGCCAUUUUUAAUUUAAAUUUAUUUAAUCUCAUUCCAAAUAAGACAUUUCUUGUGGAACACAAAAUAAGAUGUUUUGCAGAAUGUCCAAGCUGCUCAUUUCAGCAUCUAAUCACUUUCACUUAUAGGGAUAAUUUAUGCAAAGAUGUCAAUUUCCUCUGUGAUUGUGAAUCUUUUCUUUAAUCUUUUAAAGAAAACCGGUAACCAUUCACAUCCAUUGUAGGAAAACAAAUAUUAUGGAAGUCAGUGGUUACAGGAGUACAGCUUUCUUCAAAAUAAGUGUUCGAAGAAACUCAAGACAAGGGUGAUUAAAUGGUGGCAGAGUUUUCAUUUUUUGGGAGGGUGAACUGUUUCUUUAAAUGUAACUGAGCAGCAUCAGGACACUCAUAACAGUGCCUUUAAAGGGAUAGUUCAGCCUGAAAAAUUUACAUUUUGCCUUCAUUUUUUUCAUAAUGUCAUUACAAAUAUGACUACAUAUUUUUUCUGGGGAAUUAAAAAGAAAGAUGUUUUGCAAAAUGUCCAAGCUGCUCUUUUCAGCAUUCAAUUGCUUUCAACUAAAGAGUUAGUUCAUGCAAAAAAUGAGUCUACUCAGUGAUUAUAUACCUUGUAAAUCCGUUGAACACAGAGGAAGAUAUUUUGAAGAAUGCUGGAAACCAUUGGCUUCCAUUGUAGGAAAACUAAUAUUAUGGAAGUCAGUGGUUACAGGCGUUCAGCUUUCUUGACAAUUAGUGUUUAAAGAAACUCAACACAAGUAAAGGGUGAGUAAAUGAUGGCAGAAUUUUCAUUUUUUUUGGGUGAACUGUGUCUUUAAAUGUACCCGAGCGGCAUCAGAACACUCGUAAAUGAAGACAGAAUUUAUAUUUUGGUCUGACUGUUUCUUUAAAGCUUCCUCUCUGACCUUUCUCAUCUCCUUUUUGCCAAAUACUUGUCAGGAUGGCGUCUGAUUUCUGUGCGUUAUACUUUUUAAUAACCUUUUAUGUAUCGUAUCGGUUAGUAGAUACCGUCAGUGUGUUCUAGUUCCUAUUGUAUCUUGCUCUUAGUUACGGACACCUGUUUGCAGACUGCAUGUUUAUUACAUUUAAAUAUCUAUAUUUAUAUCAAAAGGCGCUAAAGGAGAAAGAUUAAUAUAUUUUUAUGACGGAUGUGUAAUUUUUAGGGCCACCGUUUGACUUCUGCUCACUGAUCAUCUUGUUCGUUGUACCACAUUGUUUACUGCUGAAGGUCUUUGUGUGAUUGGAGACGGUGGAGAAAUGUGGAAACUGUAGUGAGUCUGUAACGUUUCUCCGCUUCUUCACACUGAUGAAUGGUUUGGGAGGGUGGGGUUCUUGUAUGUAAUGUUCUUGCAAGUAAACUUCCACGCAAAAAAAAAAAAAAAAAAA